AUACGUAUAACCUCGCCAUCGGACUUGCCUAACAAAAAGACGAUCACGUAUUCACAUCUUGAAAUACUCUUGGAGUCUUGGUCAAUCUCUUGAUUCUUGAGCGGUUGAGCCUAUCAACACUGUUUACUUCUUACUUUUUACUUCCAACUUCAACUGAUUUUUCCUUACAAAAAAUGGCGAUCCCCGUACCUUCGCGCCAGCUAUUCAUUGAUGGAGAAUGGAGAGAACCCAUCAAGAAAAAUCGCAUCCCUAUCAUCAAUCCUUCUACUGAGGAGAUCAUUGGUGAUAUUCCGGCUGCUACUGCUGAAGAUGUCGAGCUUGCAGUCGCUGCAGCUAGAAGAGCACUUAAGAGGAACAAAGGAGAAGAUUGGGCGUCUGCAUCUGGAGCUCAUCGUGCUAAGUACCUUCGGGCCAUUGCUGCAAAAAUAACAGAGAAAAAGGAGUAUUUUGCAAAACUUGAAGCCAUGGAUUGUGGAAAACCACUGGAUGAAGCAGCAUGGGACAUUGAUGAUGUUGCUGGAUGUUUUGAAUAUUAUGCCGAUCAAGCAGAAGCCCUUGAUGCUAAACAAAAGGCUCCAAUUGCCCUUCCUAUGGACACUUUCAAAUGCCAUGUGCUUAAACAACCCAUUGGUGUUGUUGGAUUGAUUUCUCCUUGGAAUUAUCCACUUCUAAUGGCCACAUGGAAAGUUGCUCCAGCUCUUGCUGCUGGUUGCUCAGCUGUACUUAAGCCAUCAGAACUGGCAUCCGUAACAUGCCUAGAAUUGGCUGAAGUGUGCAGAGAAGUGGGACUACCUCCUGGCGUAUUAAAUAUUUUAACAGGAUUAGGUCCAGAAGCUGGUGGGCCGUUAGCUUGCCAUCCUGAUGUUGACAAGGUUGCAUUUACUGGGAGUACGGCUACUGGUAGCAAGGUUAUGUCGUCCGCUGCCCAAUUGGUCAAGCCUGUUACAUUAGAACUUGGAGGGAAAAGUCCUAUCAUUAUCUUCGAAGAUGUUGAUUUGGAUAAAGCUGCUGAAUGGACUGCUUUUGGCUGUUUUUGGACAAAUGGUCAAAUUUGCAGUGCAACUUCGAGAUUACUUGUGCAUGAAAGCAUUGCAGCUGAAUUUUUAGAUAGACUUGUAAAAUGGUGCAAAAACAUAAAGAUCUCUGACCCGUUUGAGGAAGGCUGUCGACUUGGUCCUGUUGUGAGUAAGAGUCAGUAUGAAAAAGUUUUGAAGUUCAUUUCAACAGCAAAGAGUGAGGGUGCAACUAUAUUGUGUGGAGGUUCCCGUCCCGAGCAUUUGAAGAAAGGGUAUUAUGUUGAACCAACAAUUAUAAGUGAUGUCUCCACAUCCAUGCAAAUAUGGAGGGAGGAAGUUUUCGGCCCGGUCUUAUGUGUUAAAACCUUUAGUUCUGAAGACGAAGCAAUUGAACUGGCUAAUGAUACUCAGUAUGGUUUAGGGGCUGCUGUGUUAUCAAAAGAUCUUGAUAGGUGUGAGAGAAUAACAAAGGCAUUGCAAGCUGGAAUUGUGUGGGUUAACUGCUCACAACCAUGCUUUUGCCAAGCUCCAUGGGGAGGCACGAAGCGUAGCGGUUUUGGACGUGAACUCGGGGAAUGGGGUAUCGAGAAUUACUUGAAUAUCAAACAAGUGACUGAAUAUAUUUCCGAUGAACCAUGGGGAUGGUACAAGUCUCCUUCGAAGUUGUGAGCAGAGUUCAGCAACUUCUCAAAUCACUAUCAUAAAGCCGUAAAAGAUGAGAGCUCCUCGUGUUAGUUUGAAUAAAGGGGGUGUAGUUUGGGGAGCUUUUGUAUGGUUGCUUCACAAUCUACAUUACCCUAUUAAUCACCUUCUUUGAUCUUUGAAGCUAUGUACAAUUUUUCUUUUCUUUAGUGGUUCAACUCUUUUUCUUGGGUUUGUUCUUCGAACUUCGAGACUCGAGUGGAACACGAGAUUGCGAUGUAGUAUGAGAACAUUCAAUGGUUCAUAAGAUUGCAGAGUAUCUUCUGGUUCACAUUCA